AUGGCGGAAGUUGGUAAAAGUAAAAUAAAACGUUUUCUUAUUUCUCAAGCAUUACAUAAUGACCAACCAACAUUAUUUUCACGUUUAAUCUUUCGAAAAAUACGAAAUUUAUUUGGUGGAGAACCUUUUGCUAUGGUAACUGGUUCAGCACCUAUAACACCUGAAGUUUUACAUUUUUUUCGUAUGGCACUUGAUAUACCUAUUGUUGAAGGAUAUGGACAAACGGAAUCAACAGCAGUUGGUACAAGUACACAUCUUACUGAUACAUCAUGUGGUACUGUUGGUUCACCUGCACCUUUUGGUGAAAUCAAACUUAUUGAUGUACCCGGUACAAAUUAUCGAAGUAAUAAUAAUCAAGGAGAAAUUUGUAUUCGAGGACCAUCAAUUUUUAAAGGUUAUUAUGGUGAUGAAGAAAAAACACGUCAAACUAUUGAUGAAGGUGGUUGGCUUCAUACCGGUGAUAUUGGUGAAUGGACAAGUAAUGGUUCAUUACGUAUUAUUGAUCGUACAAAACAUAUAUUUAAAUUAAGUCAAGGUGAAUAUAUCGCACCUGAACGUCUUGAAGAUGGUUAUAUUCGUUCACGAUGGAUAGAACAACUUUUUGUUGAUGGAAUAUCUACUGAAGCAACUGUUGUAGCAAUUGUCGUACCUGAUGAAGAAUAUGUUCGAAGUAAUUUUUCGAAAGCAAAUGCGAAUAUAUCAUUUGAAGAAUUAUGUAAAGAUGAAAAACUUAAAGAAAUUAUUUUCGCUGAUUUAAAACGAUUAGCAAAAGAUUAUAAAUAUAAACAUUAUGAAACAAUAAGCAAUAUAUAUGUUCAUCCGGAACCAUUCUCACAAGAAAAUGGUCUUAUUACAUCAACAUUAAAGACAAGACGAACCGCAGUCCGACAAUAUUUUCAAGAUAUAAUUCAUUCACUUUAUGAAAUUCCAGAUCAUAUAAAAAAACCAGUGAAUGUUGAACAACAAUCGAAAUUAUAA